AUGUAUGCCAACGCAACACCAUUAAUAAUAGGCAUAACGAUCGCUGGUGUUGCAACAGCAGGUCGAUAUGCUAUCAGAGCCAUUAAACAUCACAAACCGAAGCUGCCUCAAAUGCCAAAAUUUACUCGACCAUCUCCGAGUCGAAUGUAUAAGGGUGGGUUUGACGCAAGCAUUAACAAACGUGAGGCAGCGUUAAUACUAAGCUUGAAGGAAUCUGGAUUGAAUCAGACUAAAAUUAAAGAUGCUCAUCGUCGCAUUAUGCUUCUAAAUCACCCUGAUCGUGGUGGAUCGCCUUACCUGGCGACCAAGAUUAACGAAGCGAAAGACAUCUUGGAAAACCCCCCCAAACCACAACGUUGA